GCUCGGCAAAUGAAUAAUCUGUACGCUACUCAGUAUUUUUUCCAUGUCACUUAUCGACAUACUAAACUAUUUAAAUUUAUUGGACGAUAUUUGCUCCCUAAAAGGCUACAGUCAUUACUUCUUCGGCAUGUCUAUUUAUCUCUGGUUCACAGUCAUGAGUUUCCACAUGUGGAAAACGUUUAAGUCUGCAAUUUGUGAAGUUCCUGGUUAUAACUUUCUUACCUACAGUUUCUUUGUCUGGGGCACUGCAGGUGUUUCUACUGGAGUCAUCUAUUUGGUAAAUCAAGUUUGGAAAAAUGAAGUUAUUGCCAUUAAUUGGAUACCCGUAGUUGGUUUUACUAAAUGCUAUGUAGAAAAUAAUACGUGUUCAUCUUGGAUCUAUUUGCAUGGACCAAAACUCAUACUAAGCUCCUUCAAUCUUAUUUUGUUUAUCCUGACGGCUGUUCACAUUCAGAAAGUAAAAAGCGAACUGAAGAGGUUUAAGCAACGACAGGUUGAAAGCCCGAUCUGUCUCCAAUUCGACAUCCUGACUUACCUACAGUUUCUGCGGCUCUCUGCCAUAAUGGGCGUAUUUUAUAUAGGUUCUUUUGGCGGUUUUCUCUCUACUGACAAUAUGUGGUACCCAGUCAUUACGGUUGCCUACUAUGUACAUCAAAGUUUUGGUAUUUUCGUUUUUGUGCUACUUGUGCUUAAGCGAAGCACCUUUAAGAUGAUUAUGGACAGAUAUCGCGAAAGAAACUAG